CCUAAUUUUCUACCCCCAGUAGCCACCUGCAAGCGACUCUCCACCACAGUAGUUGAAUAAUGCUAAAGAACAAAUCCCCAUACUACUAGUACUACUACUACAAUGUAGUAUUACAAUCAUGGUGAAAUAGGGAGUGACAAGCGGUACUACUGCAGGAGGACUACGGAGCAUCCCAAGCAUUAGGUACAUGCCGAACGCACACGUACGCAGCAGUCAAUCAAUCAGUCAAGUAUUAUUUUAGGGGAUUAAAAGUAGCGCUACCUACUCUACCGACUUUUGGUCCGCCUCCCACUGGCACUGACAUUGGCACUGGCAACACCUGCGCGACACGACUCCUCGCAACUUGAACCAAGAUCUUCAACUGCGUUCCUCGUCGCCCAGUUCCUCCGUGUUCUGCAUUUCUGCGUCUCUCUUCUAUCACUUCCAUCUUCUCUCUCAACCACUCCCAGACUCGGUCUCAAAACAAGUGCAUACCGACGCUAUCACCAUCGGUCGGCCUCCGGCUCGCGUUGCCUGCGAUUGCAUUUUUGGUGGUCGACCGUUUCCGUUCGCCAACCCAAAACGCCCACUGUCCGCCAGUCAACAAUCCGGAAUUCCGAUCUGUUUGCGGCUACAACAACAUCUCUCCCCGUGGCCCUUUGUUUUGACCGUCCUCCCGCUUUAAGCAUCUAUGCUGUCUUAGCCAAAUCGCUGCCAGAAUCUGUUGAAUCCGUCAAGGUGGCCGCGACUACAGUUACUGUCUCGCCAGCCAUGGCAAACUCCUUGACGACAGCAUGGCGUUCCUUUUGGCACGCCAUGACCUCUAACGACCGACACGCCUCCUACGACUCUCCUUACAAAACUGGCCAGCAUAUGCCUGUCGGCCAAAGUCGGCAUGCCCCCCUGACUUCGGUUGCGACAAGUGCUGCCGACUCUCAUCAGGAUCUUCCGUCAACAUACCAGGAUGACUCCAAACGCCCCUCGGUAUCCUCCACCCAGCUUGCACAAUCACCCAUACGGCCGUACUCGCCCGGCAUGCGCUCGUUAGCCUCGCCCAAGAAUCCCAACGUCGAAGAGACGGUUGCUCCUGGCGAGAUACAGAUGCAAAACUUUGCAGACGGUGCUCCACCACCUCCUCCUGUCUCGCACUCGUGGAAGAAAAUUGACCGGUGGGCCGAGAAAAACUAUCCUGAACUGUUCGACCAACUCGGUGAAGGGUGCACGCAAAAUGACAUCAACGAACUAGAACACGAACUGGACAUGUCGCUACCCCAAGAUGUGCGUGACUCGUUGAGCAUUCAUGAUGGGCAAGAGCGUGGCGGACGCCCUACAGGCAUCAUCUUUGGCUGUAUGUUACUCGAUUGCGAGGAAAUCGUCCAGGAAUGGAGGAACUGGAAGAUUGUUAACGAAGAAUACCUGUCCGGCGCCGGAAGCCGAUCCUAUCACAGCAACAAGGGCCUCAGUAACGGCGCCUCUUCCUCCAGCCAACCACCGGGCGGCAACCGUUAUUGGAGACAGGAGCUGCUGGACAGACAAGAGUCACAGCCCCCAAGAGCCAUUCAAAAAGCUUACGCCCAUCCUGGCUGGAUCAGUCUUGCUAGGGACUGGGGUGGCAACAACAUCGCAGUCGACCUUGCUCCGGGUCCUACGGGCAAGUGGGGCCAAGUUAUCCUUUUUGGACGUGAUUAUGAUUGCAAAUACGUCGUUGCACGGUCUUGGGCUCAUUUUCUCGCCGUUGUGGCCGACGACCUGAGUACCGACAAGGUCUUCGUAGACGACGAGACUGGUGAGCUGAAGUUGAAGGAGUUCAAAACCGAAACUGUGGAACCCUCAUACAUGGAGAUCCUCCGCUGGAGGGCAGAUCAGAAGUACGGCCGACGGGGGCCUAGGCGGAGACCGCAGCCGGCCGGGCUGAACACCUCGGUCGUGGCCCAAAACGGACGGCAUUCGCCAUACAGCAGCCCGGUCCUUGGAACUGAGGAUAGGGGUAGAUCACCUCAGCGGUUCUCGAAAGGACCUUCUGGCAGCCCGAGGCUUACCAUUGGAAGCCCUCUAGCUCGGGUCCAGGAAGAAAUUGCCCAGCCUCAAGCCAUUCGCCCUGCUGGAGAUGUGGUCCGAGAUUUCGCCCAAGUGGCGGAGUCUUCGAGUGAAGGCAAACGACGAGAGAAACCCAUGCCCAUUGAUCCCAAGGCUAUCAACACCGACGUGAAACCCGAAAAGCUUGUCGAUGCGCCUACCCCGGCAUCGUUGAAGAGCGCAGAACCCAAAGAGUUCCCGGCCUCGAGACUCUCCAAGGUAUCUACCGAAAGCGAAACCAAGGACCAGCCGGCAUCAUCGACCAAGGCUGAAACUGAAGUUAAAGGUCUUGGGGUUGAUGGGAUCGAGGACGAAAUGAAGACUGUGGCCAUCUGAUCGCCCUUUUGUCUGCAAUAAUGUCACCAUUAGCUUUUUUGUUCAAUCGAAUCCAAGCAUGCAUCGCUGGAUAUGGCGGCCCUUGGUCAUGCGAAAUCGGGCCGUGCAUUGUUAGUGUUGUUUCUACGCCCCCGAGCGAGAGCGCGGUUGCCGUGGGAUGUCACAUACUCGGGCGUCACGAAGAAUUGACUUGUUUCCUUACUUUCUUUUGGGCACGGCUCACGGGCAUAUUGGCAUUGGCGUGACAUACGGGGCGCGGAGGGAUCUAUGUACUGUGUACAAGUUGGAGCAGCUUAUCAGAGGUAGAGCUCAGCAACAACGACUGUGAGAGACACCCACCGGACGGCAUAGACCGACAAUCGAGUCUAAGAUUCCAGCUGGGUAAAGCAAAGAAAAGCGCAAGUAAUAAUAAGACAGAGCUGGAAACAGAAGCGACAGGCAUAGCUGGAUAACAACUACUGCAAGAAAGAUGGUGAUCGCUCAUAACAUGGCUUUUAUCACAAGUUCAUAAGCACGACUACUACUAAAAACCUGCUAAGAAUCUGUUCAUCUGCGGCCAGCAAAAAAAUCAAAACAGAUCAAAAGAACCUCUCUUUCCGGCCACUGCCACUGCAUGGCAGGCUAUAUCCUGCGCUUCCGGCCUUUUCGUGUCUUUCGUUUCUGGAUCAAUCAUCAGUCGAGCACUAUACAAAAGUUGUUGCGUCCUCCACCCGGGUUAAUCUCCUUUUUCCUAAACACUGUUUUACCGCCCUGGGCGAUCCAUUCUUUCUGGCGAUCAGGGUCGUACUGCCACAGACUGUAAUGUAAUUUUCGUGUGGUCUUGGUCUCGAGAUGACUGUAGCCCAGCGACGAGAGAAUGUCCGUCAAAUGGCCCUCGGUGAGAUACCGCGAGUUGUGAACCGUCGGGGCCGGCAGGACCAGGAAGAGGCAAGGUAGUAGAAGACGUCGUGACUGCUGGGAUUUGUUCUCCUCUUCACCACCAUCGUCUCCACCGUCAUCUUUGGCGAUGGAAAAGAACUUUAUGGUCCGUCGCAACAUCUCGCCUCGUCCUUGUGCAUCAGGCACAUAGUUCAACACCAAACUCAGACUGAUCACAUCAUAUCCUCGCCGGCCCUCCCAUUCGCCGCUCCCGUCUGCAGAGUCUGGAAGUGGGAAACUCAUGAAAUCGGCCUCUUCGAUGCCGGGGCCCGACGAACGCAGAUCGAUCCGUCGCACGCGCGUUAUAUCCGGGGACGCUCGUGUCUUGCUACUGCGGCUCAAGCUGCCCUUCUUUCGCGCCUCGAUCUCCGGCUUCAGCCAUUCCACAAGGACGCGGCUCGAGUCGCCGCCUCGCUCGGCGCUCUGUCCUACCGUGCUGGCGAGCUGGUACGUCUCCAGACCGCCGGACGCGGCGAGUUGCGCUUCCAGCUCCUGUAUCUGCUCGACGUCAUUGUCUGCACGGGCACGUGCCAGCCGUUUCUGCAGGACGUGGUGCGUCCGGAUCAGAGCGCGUGUGUGCUUGGACGAG